GUCCGAUCUGCUGCUUUCUCGCCAGACGGCACCAUCAUCGGUUCUGCAUCCUACGACGGCACCGUUCGGCUUUGGAGCGUGACGGGCAAGUGUCUGAAGAUUUUGGAAGGGCACGAUGGCGCUGUGAUCUCGGUGGCCUUCAUUGAGGGGUGA